CCAUUUCUUUGGAGGAUUGCAAUCUUGUAUGAUCUUUGAAUGCUAGCUGUUUGACAAAAUGGCCAAAAGACACUAUCAACAGCAACAUCUCCACCUGGGUUUCUGUCUCGCUCUCUCUCCGUCUCACUUAGCUUCUUUAACCCCACUUUUUUCGAGUCUUAAACUUAGUUUAUUGCUUCUCAAAUUUUCUCAUUUUUCUUUCUGCUCUGGGUUGGCCACUCCCUGGCAAUGGACAAACACCAUCAGCAGCUGCCACUGGCCAAAUGCUCGCGGCAGCAGCGAUGCAGCGAAUGGGUAUUUCGAGAUGUUCCAAGUGACAUAACAAUAGAAGUAGAUGGUGGAACAUUCUCACUGCACAAGUUUCCUCUGGUGUCACGAAGUGGGCGAAUCCGUAAAUUAGUUGCAGAACACCGGGAUUCUGAUAUAUCGAGAGUGGAGCUUCUUAGCCUGCCAGGCGGUUCAGAGUCCUUUGAGCUGGCUGCCAAGUUCUGCUACGGUGUCAACUUUGAGAUUACUGCAGCAAAUGUUGCCCAGUUAUGUUGCAUCUCUGACUACCUUGAAAUGACUGAGGAAUUUUCGAAGAAUAAUCUUGGUACACGAGCUGGAGAAUAUCUUGAGAGUGUUGUCUGCAAGAACCUUGAAAUGUGUGUUGAAGUCCUGCAGCAAUGUGAAAACUUGCUUCCGUUGGCUGAUGAAUUGAAAAUUGUAAGUCGGUGCAUUGAUGCAAUAGCCUCAAAAGCUUGUGUGGAACAAAUAGCUUCAAGUUUCUCACGCUUAGAGUACAGUAGCUCAGGAAGACUUCAUAUGAGCCGGCAGGCCAAGUGUGAAGGAGACUGGUGGAUAGAAGAUCUUUCCAUUCUCCGGAUUGAUUUGUAUCAAAGAGUCAUAACAGCAAUGAAAUGUCGUGGUGUCAGACCUGAAAGCAUUGGGGCGUCACUUGUAAAUUAUGCUCAGAAGGAGUUGACGAAGAAAUGUAGCUUAUGGAAUCCAUCUAACCAGCAAAAAGUUGACUUGGUUUCUGGUUUGAAUGGGCAUGAAAGGCUUGUGGUUGAGGCAAUAGUUAGCCUUCUUCCUAUUGAGAAAUUUGCAGUUCCUAUAACUUUCCUUUUUGGGUUGUUGCGAAGUGCUGUGAUGCUUGAUUGUACUGUAGCUUGCCGGCUAGAUCUUGAGAGGCGAAUAGGAUCUCAAUUAGACAUAGCUACUCUAGAUGAUCUUUUAAUUCCAUCUUUUCGCCAUGCCAAUGAUACAUUAUUUGAUGUUGAUACAGUGCAUAGAAUCUUGGUGAAUUUUUCUCAGCAAGAUGACAGUGAGGAAGAUAUGGAAGAUGGAUCUGUAUUUGAUUCUGAUAGUCCUCCUUCCCCUUCCCAAAGUGCAAUGUUCAAGGUAUCAAAGUUAGUGGACAAUUACCUGGCUGAAAUUGCACCCGACGCAAAUCUCAAACUCAAUAAAUUCAUAGCAGUUGCAGAUUCUUUACCAGCUCAUGCACGCACUAUUCAUGAUGGUUUGUAUCGAGCAACUGAUGUUUACCUCAAAGCUCACCAAAGUUUAUCAGAUCCAGACAGGAGGAAGCUCUGCAAACUGAUAGAUUUUCAAAAACUCUCACAAGAAGCUGGUGCCCAUGCUGCACAAAAUGAACGCCUUCCCCUCCAAUCAAUCGUCCAAGUGCUUUAUUUCGAACAGUUAAGGCUCCGAAAUGCCUUAUUUUGCUCCUAUCCUGAUGAUGACCACAAGCCAUUGCACCAAUCAUGGAGGAUUAGCAGUGGUGCUCUAAGUGCUGCAAUGUCUCCUCGAGAUAAUUAUGCAUCACUCAGGCGAGAGAACAGGGAACUUAAACUUGAACUGGCUCGGUUGCGGAUGAGAUUGAAUGAUUUGGAGAAAGAACAUGUUUGUAUGAAGAAAAGUAUGGAAAGGUCUAAUUCUCGCAAGUUCAUGAGUUCUUUUUCGAAGAAGAUGGGGAAAUUGAACUUCUUUGGCCAUAGUUCUUCAAAGGAGUCAAGUUCUCCAUCAAAACAGUCACAAAGAACUGACUCCAAGCUAACAGAGAGAACAUGAAAUGCCAUGUUUUAGGUAAAUCAUACGGUCCCUUGUUUUGUUUAUAUUUGAUUUUCUAUUUUCCUUUCACUUAUUUUCUUAGUAUGUCAAGCAUGUUCUUUAAUUUUGAGUUAUCCUCUUUUUACCAUUUUUCCUAUUGUUUUUCUUCUCCCACCUUGUAUAUGAGCUAUGGGAUACAGUUUAACAAGACAAAACAGUUUGUUCCAAAGUCUUGAGGUUUGAGUUCCGAGGAAUUUUGACUUCCAUAUGAUCUUUAUGAAACUUACUAAUGUAAAUGCGUGAACUCUGCUCUCUUGAUGUUAUUUUGGUAUAUCUUUUUAAACCUUUUUCAUGGAAAAGUUUUGCUUGUAACUCAGUUAAUAUGAAUAGGUUGCUUCUCAGAUCGUUCUUCUUCUCCUUUGGAUUUAA